AAGGAGAUGAAACGAUGAUCGCUCAUCUAGUGUUUCAGGUGCUGCAAGCAAUUAUACAGUGGAAACGAUGGCUCGGCUAAAUCAUAUCGCAGUGACCAUCGCUAUGAGCGUAUUGAUAUGCGUUCUCGCAGAAGAACUUUACUCUGACAGAUUCGAUGAUAUAGAUGUCUUAAGUAUCCUCCAAAACAAGGAAAUGCGAAAGGGAUAUUACAACUGCUUUAUGAAACUAGCACCAUGCACAAGUCCAGAACAGAUAGAGCUAACAGGAACGUUCAGCGAAGCUUACCAAACCAAAUGCAAGAAAUGUACCGAAAAGCAAAAGAAAAGAAUGCAAGUGAUAGAAGAGUGGUAUGUAAACAAUGAACCUGAUGAAUGGAAAUUAAUAAUUGAGAAGACUGUAGAGAAUAUGAAGAAUGCUGGUCAGUAACUGGUAACAAACCGAUGAAUUUCUAAUGGAUUUCUUGCUGCAGGCUAUAAGUGGAUUUUUCUAAUUUAAUCGAUGCAAAUAUAAUAAUUUACAUUAUUUAAAAUGUAAUAUAAAUAUUUGUUAUAGCAUCUAACAGGAUUGAAGGAUUAAUUUUUUUUUAAAUUUAUCUUGAUUUGCAUGUAAUUUGUAUUAUGUUUGAACAGAAAUAUAUUGUUACAGAAAAAUAAAUAAA